AUGCAUUUACGAAAAGACCACGCCGAAACCAACAUCCACGCCCUCCAACAAUUCAUCAAAGCAAACCCCCUCGGUGUCCUAACCACGUCAAUCGCAUCGCCAACAUGCUCAUUUCCCACCUUACAAGCGACUCACAUUCCAUUCAUCCUCGACGUUGAUAACGACACGGCCUCGAAUAAACUCGGACGAUUGAGAGGCCACAUGGCGAGGGACAACCCCCAAGCCAAAGCACUCAUCGAAGCACUCUCCCAAUCCACAAGCAACACGCUCGACCAACAAGUUCUAAUUGUAUUCACAUCUCCCAUCCAUCACUACAUAACCACAAACUUUUACUCCGAGACCAUGUCUACAAAUAAACGCACCGCUCCGACUUGGAACUAUUCCGCCGCGCAGGUAUAUGGCCGUGCAAAAGUGCACUGGGACUCCAAAAAAGCUGAAACUAGUGCCUUUCUCAUCCAACAACUCAGUGAUCUCGCCAGUCUAGGAGAAAAAGACAUCAUGGGCUUCAAUGGAGAAGACGCCUCACCGCAACCAUGGAAGGUGGAAGAUGCGCCGGCAAGUUAUGUCGAGCGCUCGCUAAAGGGGAUAAUAGGUCUGGAAAUCGACAUUGUCACAUUAGAGGGAAAAGUGAAGAUGAGCCAAGAGCUGAAAGAGGCGGACAGAGAUGGUGUCGUUGAGGGUUUACGAAAGUAUGGUGGAGAGACGGCAACCAGGAUGGCUGAUUUGGUGCAUGAGAGGGGAUUGAUGAAGAUUACGAAUAGGGCAUAG